AUGGCCUUUAACGAAUCCGCACGCGCUUCUUCCCGGAGAUAUCAUUCUCAGGUGCUUCGCGGGAACAGCCGUCUAGACAUCUGGGCUCGAGUCACGCCGUCAGCGGCAGCAGAGGCGGCAGCUGCUGAAACCGCAGAAGACGCACAAGGAGACGUCAGUUUUGACGGCAGUUACGACGACACGACCGCAAGCUUCGGAGCGGCCAGCUACCGGCGAGCCGGCACUUUCGAAACGGAUUGCAGUUACGACGCCGGCGAGAACCUUCUAGAGGGAGUCGUUCUUUCCGAGGGCCGGCACGCGCUGUUCGCACCGCUUGCGGCUUGGACGGAGGAGAGCAUCCUGCGUCUAGAGCGGAUUAAAGCGUACGGCGCGCUGAGGAAUAACAAGCCCCGAGCAGUGGAGAAAGAAGAGCAGCGCAACAAGCGCGGGAGUGACCUUUACUCGAGGAUGCCCCCUGCUAGCCUUAGAGCCCGUCGUGCAGCGGGUAUUGGCUGCUGUUUUGCUGGAGCGGCGGUGAGUGGGGAAGGGUCGGAAGAUGCGGAAGAGGCAGAAGAACGGAGGAGCGGAGCGGAGGACUCCCUGCCGGCGCGCGAGGCUGUGGGGAAGCUGGCGGAAGGAAUUGCGCGGCUACGGAUGGGAUGGGCGCGCGCAAGGGAUGGUUCGGAGGAGGCGGAAGGAGUCAGGGCGCCGCUUCUGGCGCAUGCGGUGCACCUAGCGGAGAGGGGGGACGCUGGCGCGCAGGAUGGCGGUCGCGGCGGAGACGAGCAGUUGAAGAGGGAUGAUUCUGGUAGUAUGAUCAGGGAUGCUCUAGGUGAGCGUGUAGUUAUGACUAGAAUUUUUUGUGAACCUGCUUCCGACACUCGUCGCGACGAGAUUGAAUCUGCCGACACUCCUGCCGCCCACAAAUCGGGGCCUCCUACUGCCAGCGACACGCGCGCCUCGUAUGGUACACGGAGCACGACAGCCGCCACGUCAGCAGGCGAGCCGCGGGUCGUGUUGCCGCACCUGUACUCUAAAGUGCCGGUUUCUGGGGAAGGCGGUAGCGGGGCAGGUUGGGGUAGGUGGGAAGAUGGAGAGACAUGCCUUCAAGGGGAGGAAGAGGAGGAAGACGAUGGGUACUGGCGUAAAAGAGCAGACAACGCUGUUGCUGGUGGUGCUGCUGGUGCUGCUGGUGAUGCCGGUGCUGCUGGUGCUGGCGUUGGUGACAGUGCUGGUCCGACUUUGGAAGAAGCACGUGACAUGGGAGCGCGGACCAGACCGAGCUCUCCUACCCAUCACACCGCCACCUCUGUUGCUUCCACUAUCCCCGCUUCUGCCGCCGCUGCCGGAACUGCUGCUGAAGUGGAAGAGGCGGCUUUGCAGGAACGGUUGUGGGCAGGGAGGGCAGCGAUAGCGCCUGAAGCCAGGCUGUGGCGGGGUCACGCAUCAGGCAUGCACGCAGCAGCAGGCUUGCAGGCAGCAGGCAUGCAGGCAGCCAUGGCCAGCAGCAUUGCAACAGAUGGUGAUACUUGCACAGACUCUCUCCCAGCAAGCCUACCUUCCUUUCUCCACCCCGGCUGCCUACCUGCCUUCCUACCUGCCGCCCCGAACCUGCCUUCGCAUGCAACGCCGGGCCCAGUGCUCAAGGUGCGGCGGCACUGCAUUGCUGAGGCGGCAGAAAAGGACGACUCGGGCGGCAGCAGCAAGAGUGUGGGCGGCAGCGGGCCGGCUUCUCUGUUCACCAUUCUGAUCAUGCCGGCUGAGAGCGGGGGGAAGAAGGAGAGCCGUCGAUUCUUUGAUGUCAACCACACGAUUGACCGUGCCCUGCGUUGGUUCGCCUCAGUGCGUGCCAGCGGAGCAGCACUCGAGCUGAUGAACGCUCAGACCGAAGUCCUGCCGGUGCGGCUGGGCGGCAUGGACGGAGACAAGCUCUCCAAGAUGGCGCAGUAUGGCAAGUGGACAGUAAAGACAAACGACGAGCAGCGCGGGGAUCAUAUCUCCGUCCUCCGCGCCGUCCGCCUCUGGCUGGUCCCGGAUUCCGAGGUGGAACUUACCCUCGUGCUGGCGUCCGGUGGGGUAAAUAACGCGGCGUGCCCUCCCGACUGGGGGUUACUUCUGGAACAAACCCCCGAGGGCGUGGUGCAUGUGGUGGGGGUGAGGGGGAAAAGUCCGGCGGAGAAAGGAGGAGUGGCCAUGCUGCUGAGAAUGGCGCGGGCUAAGAAACGGCUGCUGCUGCUGUCGCGGCUGCAGGGGCAGGUGCUGCUGCCGUCGGUGAUAGCCAAUGGGCAGAUAGACUGUGCUGACGUGGAGGCUCUACAGGAGCAGCUGGUGCUGCAGGCGCAUCUGCCGUCCAUCCCGCUGCGCCUCACGUUUGCCCUGUGA